AUGAGAGUAUUUCUAUGGAAACUCAUCAUUAUUGCAACAGCAGUCAUGCUCCCAAUCUUCUAUUUCAUUGACGAAAAUCCAUUUGAUACUGCAAGUUUCCUGUCUUUGAAGGAAAAGGAGAUGGUGGCUUGGCAGAGAGCCCGAAUGCAGAUCAAUCCUGGUAGAACAAACCACAUGAAAACCUUCAAAGAUAUGCAGAGAAACUCAGAACCGCUCAAAACUGUGAACUCCCACAUCUUGCUUGGAGCCUCUCCCACAGAAAAAAAACUGCUGACCAUAGGGAUUUCUUCAGCGCAGCGUCCCCAAGGAAGCUACCUCUUGGACACCUUGCGAUCUCUCUUCUUUGCUUCCUCCCUGUCUGAGCGAAAAUACUUCACUGUUCUGGUACACCUGGCAGAUCAUGAUCCCAACUGGCUUGAUCAAAUGAUCUCCAAUAUCUCAACCCUCUUUCAACCAUAUAUCCAGGCCAGACAGCUAAUAGUAAUCAACACUCCUCUUAAAAGCUAUCUUCCCUUGAAGAACCUUAAGAAAAACUUUAAUGGCACUCUCGCCUAUGUAUCCUUUCGCUCCAAGCAGAAUAUGGAUUAUGCCUUCCUGAUGAACUUUGCUACCAACCAAUCUGACUAUUUCCUGAUGAUCGAAGAUGACGUGAAAUGUGCCCCGGGAUUUGUCUCCCAGAUUGCUACUAUACUGUCUGCCUGGGAAAGGAAAGCCUGGGUGACACUGGAGUUCUCUAGGCUGGGCUUCAUUGGAAAACUCUUUCAUGCUAGGGAUCUCCCCCGCUUUGUUCGUUUUCUUCUCCUCUUCUACCAAGAAAUGCCCUGUGACCACCUUCUCUCCCAUUUCCGUGACCUUCUCAUGCAGAAAAAACCAAUCCAAUUCUUUCCCUCCCUCUUCCAGCACAUGGGCAAUUACUCCUUCUCUGAAGGCCGGGUGAACAGCCUCACAGACAAGGAGUUUGAGGGAAAUGACAUUGGCCCUCCUGGCAACCCUGCUGCCACCAUUCACACGAAUCUGAAUGUUACCAAUGCCUCUGUUCUCAUGAAUGCCUAUAGUCUGGAUAAGAAUUUCUUUUAUAUCAAAAAGGCUAAGCCUGGCAGCCACUUGACUGUGGUUUUGAACAUACCUGCUGUAGUAUUCCGAGUUCAGGUGCUGACUGGCUCUGAAUUGAAAGGGGAGAAUCAGCUGAAAGAGGGACAGGUAGAACUGGGCUAUGACUCUACCAAUCGGAUUAAUGACUGUGAUGACUAUGUUCUGCUGGGGCUACUGGUGAAUGGCAUCCUGGAUAAGCAGGUGUUAUCUGAAGAGUCUGGGAAGAAGGUGAAAUGUGUGCGAUUGCUUGUAACAGCCGCUCUGCCCUCUGGAUUAAUAGUCAGGCACAUCAACCUCUGGAUUAAGUAA